UACUUGUUUACAUAUGCAGCAGCUUUCUCUAACUCCUGGGCUUCCUGGUAUGCUGGCCAAUGAAAUGGCAGAUCUAGCAGCAAAACGUGGGCUAAAAAGGGAGACGAUUGAUGUGGUGAUUCCUCUGGGAUCUCAGGACAUGGGAGUUUUUGUAAAAAAAAAAAAAAAUAAGUAAAAGAAUGACAGGAGAGAUGGGAUAAAAGUAUAAAAGGAAGGUUUUAUUAUAAUAUUUAGAAAUUAGUUAAUAAUAGUUGGUUAAGUAAGGAGUCGGGGAGGAAAGAGGAAAGGUCUUUGGAUAGGUUGCUUUGAAUGAUAAUUUCUGUAGAUUCGAUAAAUAUAUCAGUGGUAUAUGAGAGAAGUGUAAGGUUCCAGACAAAGUGGCACAUUAUGUAAUAGAGUGAAAUUUGAAGAACAAAGGCAGAACUUGAAGAGGACGUUGAUGAACAUGGGGGCUAUAUGACCUAAGAAUGAAUAGCUUGUUGGGAAAAGGGAAAGAGGAUGGGAGACGAAAAAGAGAAAAAUAAUAACUGAAUAUAUUACAGAAACAGGAAAAGCAGGAAUAUAGAUUAUAAAUGAAGAUAUUGAAGAAAAAAACACAACUACAGACAGGGGCACUAAUCAUCUAAAUGUACAGGUGGAAUACGCUGUAAAAUAAUAAUUUUAAAAAAAUGUUAACGUACUUUGAAACGCAGCACAUACCUCUAGUCAGCAGUCCCACAAUUCCACACACUCUCUUCACUUCCUGUUUGUCAGCACGGGGUCAGUUGUUUAUCAUGGCUGCAGCGGCUUCGGGAGAGACAGGGGAACUUCAGAAAGAACUGAUUUGUGCAAUUUGCCUUGACUUUUUUGACGAUCCUGUUAUUUUACAAUGCGGACACAACUUCUGUCGAGAUUGCAUUCUCGUUCACUGGCAGGAGAAUGGCAGCAAUGGCCAGGGUUACAGGUGCCCUGAGUGCAGACGGGCCUUUCCCAGCAUGACUUUCACCAAGAAUUAUUUGGUUCGGAACUUGGUGGACAGGCUUGAUGACCUGGAAUUCUUUAAACCCAAACAAACCAAAGCAGCCGUACCCCAGGCCAAGGAGGAAGGACGAUGUGAAAAACACCAUGAAGAACUUAAGCUUUUCUGCAAGACAGACAACAAGCUCAUUUGUGUGAUAUGCCGGGAGUCCAGAGCUCACAAGCAUCAUGAUGUUGCCCCUCUGCCUGAGGUUAUUGAAGACUUAAAGGAUGAUCUUCGAUGUAAGCUCACUAACCUGAAUGAAGAUAAAAUCUAUUGUAUGAAAGUGAAGAAUGAAGAUGUGGACACUCGUUUAAAUAUUCAGAUGAUGAAAUUGCAGCUGAAGGAAAGUAUUGAGGCCAGUGUUGGACAGCUUGUUCAGUUCCUGCUGGAUGAAAAAGACGAACUAUUGGCAAAGCUAGAUACUGAGGAACAAACAGCGCUCUCUAUAGUAGAAAACAACAUCCAGAGGCUGGAAAAUCUGAUAACUGAGAUGGAAAAAGAGAUCACAGAAAUCCAGGGCAAUCUCAGUCAGCCGUCUUUUGAGGUGUACAAAGAGAAGAGGUCCUUCUUUUUAAACAGCUAA